UGCUGGACAUUCAGGCGGCCGCGCCGCCGCCGCCGCUGAUGCUGAUGCUGCUGCCCCCGCCGCUGCCGUAAAAAUCCGCUUUGGCCGCAGGCAUAUUUUCUGGCACUCACGCUCCAAACUCAACGAAACCCCGACCACCUUCUACAGCUGGAUGUUCGCCUUUUUUUUCAGAGUUCACCACGGUGUGGGCGAUGGAAGACUGACACUUGAGGAACCGUGAAGAAAACCCCGUUCUGUUGGAAAAGUAGCAUCUGGAGGGAAGCCCGCCGUCCGCGUUGGAGCCAGGAGACAAGGACGGUGACAGCACCGGCAAAAUGUCUGUCCCUGUGUUCUGUAGGAUGUUUGACUGCCUGCAGGGGGCACCACAGGUAGAGAACGUGUUGGCCAAGGCGUUGUAUGACAACGUGGCCGAGUCUCCGGAUGAGCUGUCCUUCCGCAAGGGUGACAUCAUGACGGUGUUGGAGCGUGACACGCAGGGACUGGAUGGCUGGUGGCUCUGCUCCCUCCACGGUCGCCAAGGCAUUGUCCCCGGCAACCGUCUCAAGAUCCUGGUCGGCAUGUACGAUAGCAAGCAACAGCAACAGGCUGCGCUUUCCACGCCAGAUCCAGCCGCUUCCUGUCCCGUCUCCCAGGUGCAGCGACCCCUCCCACCUCUAAGCGCUUACACCAAACCAACGCCUGCUCCGUCAUCUGCUGCCAUUGCUACGUCCUCCUCUGUGUUCGCCAACAAGCCCCUACCCACAGCUCAGUACACGUCCAUGCACCCGGCCUACUCUACCCCCAGCCCCGCACAGCCCAACCCUGACUCUGUCUACAUGAUGCCCCCCUCCCACAGCCCCAAACCAAGUCCCCAAAGUCUGUACCAGGUCCCCUCUGGCCCAGGUGGACCAAUUCCACAGUCCCAGCCAGGACCCCCCAGCAAGGCACCAGCUCUAGCCCAGAGACAGUACCAGCUGCCGGGGCAGGACAUCUACCAGGUGCCCCCCUCUUUAGCCACAGGGCCAGGGCAGGGAGCAGCCCCAGCCAGCAGUACAGGAGCUGGGCAGGAUGUGUACCAGGUGCCCCCCUCUCUGGAUAAGAGGAACUGGGAGAGCAGCAACAAGCCACUGGGCAAGGUGGUAGUUCCUACGCGGGUUGGACAGGUGUAUGUGUACGACACAGUGAAGUCGGACCAGGACGAGUAUGACGUCCCACCCAGACAUCAGCCUCCAGCCCAGCAGGACAUAUACGACGUGCCGCCCACCCGCCAGCAGUACAACACACAGGUGUAUGACACUCCUCCCAUGGUGGUGAAGGGGCCUUCUAGUGGUCAAGAUAUAUAUGACACCCCAGCAAGCACAGACAAGAACACACAGCAGACAGUGUAUGACUUCCCCCCGUCUGUUAGUAAAGACAUCCCUGAAGCUCAGCCAAUCAGAGAGGAGACCUACGAUGUACCACCCCACUUUGCCAAACUCAAGCCCCAAGUCCCCAUCCCUCCUGGCCAGUACCUGCACAACAACCUCAACAACGAUGAUGAUGAGCCACCCAUUCCAGAGGACGUGUACGACGUCCCACCCCCCAUCCUGACUGACAAGCAUUAUCAGGGAGACAGGAGCGGGGUCAGCCAGGCCCCCCAGGAGAUCUAUGACAUCCCAGCCAGCCUGCGGACUGGAGGUCACCCCACCCAGGAUGUCUACGAUUUCCCCCGGGAACGAGAGGAGAGAGGAGGAGAGAGGGGAGAUCACUAUGUCUACGAUGUCCCACCACAGGUUGUGCGUGAUAGCCAGUCCACCAGUGAGGAGCUGACCAUGUCCUUCAAGCGGCUGUCUGCCUCGAGUACAGGAAGCACAAGGAGCAACCACUCUGCUUCAUCCUUAGACAUGGUUCCUGUCCGUGACACGUCUUCUUCCUCAUCGCUUCCCGCACCUGGCUCCAUUUCAGGGAAACCCCUCAUCUUGGACAUGGAGCAGGCCAUGGAGCGUCUGUCUCGCCUCCAGCAAGCUGUCGAGUCCAGUGUUUCCCUCAUGAUGUCAUUCAUCACAGGUAACUGGAGAAGCCCUGCUCACCUGGAAGGGAACCUCCCCGCCAUUCAUCAGGCUGCUGACAGGGUGCGCACCUCUGUCCGAGACUUCCUAGAAUUUGCCCGGGGGGCUGUGGCAAACGCCGCCCAGGCCACGGACCGCUCUCUGCAGACUAAACUGGGACGUCAAGUGGGGAAGAUGGAGGAGGUCUUCCAGAGUUUGGUUCGACACAGUCAGAGCUUAGACGCCAUUUCCUGGUCACACACGACACUCACGGCACCGCCACCAGGAGGGGAUGACUUAGAUCGACUAAUCAUGACGGCACGAGGCAUCCCCGAUGAUGCCAAGCAGCUCGCCUCCUUUCUCCACGGUAACGCCUCGCUUCUCUUCAAACGGACCAACCGGCAGCAGCAGCAGCUUCCACUUCCUCCAAUCCCAGGGGAGAUCGGUGGUCACAUGACAGGAUCAGGAAGUGGGAGCUAUCAGGGAGGGGAGAAGGUGAACAUUCAGUCACGGCCCCUCCCUUCUCCGCCAAAGUUUUCAGCUGCAGAGGAAGAGGAAGGUGUGGACAGGCCAUAUGAGACCACAGAGGAAGGCUGGAUGGAGGACUACGACUACGUACAUCUACAGGGAAAGGAGGAGUUUGAGAAGAAUCAAAGACAGCUGCUGGAGAAAGGCAACAUCAUCCGACACAACAAGACACAACUGGAACAGCAACAGAUUAAACAGUUUGAGCGGCUAGAGCAGGAAGUCAGCCGGCCAAUCAACAACGACAUGACGGGCUGGGUCCCGUCCCCCCAUCACCCUCUGGCCAACCAGAAUGGCUCUGGAGGACCCUCUUCCUCCAAGCUGUGCCACGGCGACCGGCAGCUCCUUCUCUUCUACCAAGAGCAGUGCGAGCAGAACGUCACCACGGUGACCAAUGCCAUCGACGCCUUCUUCACCGCCGUCAACUCAAACCAGCCGCCGAAGAUCUUCGUGGCGCACAGCAAGUUCGUCAUCCUCAGCGCACACAAGCUGGUGUUCAUUGGCGAUACACUGUCACGCCAGGCUAAGUCUCCUGAGGUGAGGGCGCGGGUGGCCCAGAGCAGCAACACCCUCUGCGAAAAACUCAAAGACAUCGUGAUCAGUACAAAGACGGCGGCGCUUCAGUAUCCUUCCCCUGGAGCAGCCAGAGAGAUGACUGAGAGGGUGAGGGAGCUGGCAGGGUAUACGCAGCAGUUCAGGAUGGUGCUGGGACAGCUGCUGGUGAUGUAGGGGUUGAGGGGGGAGGAGGAAAAAAACCAAACAGUGACACAAACUGAGAUGUCCCAGGAACAUGGGGCAGUAAAUCCUCCCUGUAACACAGAGCGGACGACCCUGUACACCCCUGCAACACGGGGUAAGAGGACCUGGAGCCCCCUGGAGCACAAAGUGCUGCAGGAAACCCUGUACACCCUUCCAGUGUGAGGUCGGAGACCCCGUGUGCUUCGAUAGGGUGAGGCUUUCCAUUCCGUAGGCUUCUGACAUGUAGCAUGGGAAACCCUGUGUGGCCCUGGUUCCUAGGGGUCUGAGGCACUGUCUGGGACCGGGGACGCUGACCUCACAUCCCUCCCUACCUCGCCUUUCACUGGGACCAUUCCUCUCUCAUCCCUCCUUCCACUGCUCGCUUUUAAUCUAGACAAACUAAAAGGAACAUUUUAUCAUCAGUGGGCUGGGCCAAUGGUUGUAAAAUAAUCAUUGUAAAUAUUUAAGUUACCUAUUUAGUCAGAAAACCAGAAAGAAAAAAGACUAAAGAACUUCCAGUAUAUAAAUAUAAAUAUAUGGUUCUUUUUUGAAGAAGAAGGAGAAGAAGAAAAGAUGAAAACAUAAGUGUAGUUUUUAGACAAUAUCAAUAAUUGUUAUUAUUAUUGCUAUACCGUAUAAUUAUGGCUCUGAUUCUUGAUCCUUGUAUCUUUAUUGUUAUGGAUGUGUAAAUUCCAGAUGAUAUGUAUGACUGUGUUGUAGUACGUCUAUGCUCUUCGCCAUCCCUGACAAAGGCACACUUUCCAAGAAAACACUGGAGCACACACCCAUCUUAAAUCUUCACCUGAUGACAAACUGACAGCUCUACAUGUUGCCAUGUUGCCUCUGUGUUUGAGCAGUACAUUAUACCGCCUGUGGCUCAAUAAGUUGUCCACAUUGAGUUCAGUCCACCAAUGCAGGCAACGCUGCAGCCAAAAGAUGUCCACAUAACUGUCCAGUUCCAGCACUGCAGUUAUCAAAGAUGAUAUCAGUGCCAUCUCAGUUGCUUUUUUGGAAAACUAUACGUAGGUUGUUUUGUAAGAGGCAUGUAUUAGAGAAAAGGAGUGUAAAAGGUUAAAGACAACAAAUCAAAUUAAACCUGUUUUUCUUCCUUUC